AUGGAGCCCUUCCUGCCCUCCCCAUGGGGCUGGAAUGGCUCUGGAGGGGGGUCCCGGCCCCCCAACAGCACUGCCGAGGCCAAGCCCAAGGACGCGGCCUCCAAGUCUGUGGGGCUGUUCUUCAUGGUGCUGCUGGACCUCACGGCCAUCGUGGGCAACGCCGCCGUCAUGACGGUCAUCGCUAAGACGCCGGCGCUGCGCAAGUUCGUCUUUGUGUUCCACCUGUGCCUGGUGGAUUUCCUGGCUGCCCUCACGCUGAUGCCGCUGGAGAUGCUGUCGGGCUCAGCCGUGUUCGAGAGUCCGGGGCUGGGAGAGGCCGUGUGCCGCGUGUACCUGUUCCUCAGCGUGUGCCUCACUUCCAUGUGCAUCCUCUCCAUCUCCACCGUCAACGUGGAGCGCUACUACUACGUGGUGCACCCGCUGCGCUACGAGGUGCGGAUGACCGCGGGGCUGGUGGCCGGAGUGCUGGCUGGUGUGUGGCUCAAGGCUGUGGCCACCUCGCUGGUGCCCGUGCUGGGCUGGUUGUCCCCCGACCGCCCACCAGUGCCUGGAGCUCACGGCUGCUCCUUGCAGUGGAGCCGUGGGCCAUCCUGCAAGGUCUUUGUGGUCUUCUUCGCCACCUUCUACUUCGUCCUUCCCCUCCUCAUCAUCGUCGUGGUCUACUGUGGCAUGUUCAAGGUGGCACGGGUGGCAGCUAUGCACCAUGGCCCGCCGCCCACCUGGAUGGAGACGCCGCGCCGGCGCUCGGCAUCACUCAGCAGCCGCUCCACCAUGGUCACCACCUCGGGGGCUCCUCGGACCACCCCACAGAGGAUGUUUGGUGGGGGCAAGGCGGCCGUCGUGCUGCUGGCUGUGGGCGGCCAGUUCCUCUUCUGCUGGUUGCCCUACUUCUCCUUCCAGCUGUACACAGCGCUGAGCACUCGGCCCUUGGCCGGGCCGGUGGCUGAGACUGUGGUCACCUGGCUGGGUUUCUGCUGCUUCACCUCCAACCCCUUCUUCUAUGGCUGCCUCAACCGACAGAUCCGCGGGGAGCUCGGCCGGCUCCUCACCUGCUUCUUCAAGCAGCCCCCCGAGGAGGACUUGCGGCUGCCGAGCCGUGAGGGCUCCAUCGAGGAGAACUUUCUACAGUUCCUCCAGAGCACUGGGCGCCCACCAGAGCCCCCCAGCCCUGAGCGGGACCUGCCCCCUGUGGAUUUCCGCAUCCCGGGGCAGAUCGAGGAGGAGGCGGCAGAGGGGAUGGAUUGGGGUGGGGGGAGCGGGGUGUUCAUGCCUGUGGCGGGCUCUGCCAAAGCGGGGCUGUAG